AUGGCCAAAUACGAAGCCGACAACGCUGUUGUCCGUGAAUCCCUUGCCCAAGUGCAAGGAGAAAUGAACUUGUUCAGGGGGAACAUAAAGACCAUCCUCGAGAUCCUUCAGUCUCAGAGGAACCCUGCCUCUGCUACUGCCAACGUCACCCGUGAUGCUGGGGUGACCGUUCCUGAUACUGUUGUUGGCACUACCGUCGACCCUCCGGUAGAAACUGUGGUGCCUAACCGUCAGACAGGGGCAUCUCAGGCCCCCAAUGCUCAACCUGGGAUGCAAUACUUUCAGCCUGCUACUGCCGCUCAGACCGUGCCACCAGGUUUUCUCUACCCGCCAAUGUGGUUCAACCCGAAUAUGCCCGCACCAAUCGCUCCCGAAACUUCUCGACCGGCCAGUCAGGUCGCUCCUCCCGCUGUUGAUCCGGCUAGACCCGCGGAUUACCAGCUUUUGGACGACAGAAUAAGGGACAUUGAGGGCUUCUCUUAUUUUGGCAUAGAUGCUCGAGACCUCUGCCUGGUCCCGAACGUGGCGUUGCCCCAAAAAUUCAAGGUGCCUGGCCUACCCAAAUACAAAGGCCUUAGCUGUCCCCGCAGUCACCUCACUAUGUACUGCAUGAAGAUGGCUUCGCAUAUUGAUAACGACAACCUCUUGAUUCAUUGCUUCCAAGAUAGCCUGACUGGGGCUUUCUUGGACUGGUACAUGAGUCUAGAGCACUCGAAGAUCCGAUCAUGGAGGGAUCUCUCAGAGGCAUUCUUGAAACAGUACAAGUACAACCUUGACAUGGCUCUGACAAGGCUUCAAAUACAGAACCAGUCGCAAAGAUCUAAUGAAACCUUCAAGGAAUAUGCUUAA